AGAGCCAAAAACGGUUCACAUAAAAUAGUGGAGUCUAUAAGUAACAAGUGUAAGCCAAACCCAAUUUAUGCUUUUCUUAAGAAAAUUCUAUGGGUUACUCAACUUGUUAUGAGUUGCAAACCCAGUUUUGAAUUCUCUUCUUUGUUCAUUUUCUGGUUCAAAGUUUCAAUCUUUUUUGUCUCUUUCACUUUCAAAACUGGUCUUUUAUGGCCAACCCAAAAGUUCAGGAGGCUGAUCAUGGUAGCAGAAAGGUUUUUGAGUUGAAAAAGGAGUUACAGAGACUUGUAAAGACCAUUCUUGAUGAAGACGAUUAUGGCAUGCAAGCCACUGAUGAGGCCUUGAGAGUGUUGUCUUGUUUAAAAGAGUUGAGGUUGAAGAAAUCUCAUUCUUUUGGUGUUGAUGAUUGUUUGAAUGUCCCUGAGAUGUUUAAGUGUCCUAUCUCUGGAGAGAUUAUGGCUGACGCUGUUGUGUUGGCUAAUGGCCAGACUUUCGAUCGCCCUAGCAUUCAGAGGUGGCUAAAUGAAGGCAAUCGGACAUGUCCGCAAACCCAUCAAGUCCUCUCCCAUACUGUCCUCACUUCUAAUCGUUUGGUGCACGGAAUGAUUUCACGGUGGUGCAAGGAGCAUGGCAAUGAGCUGCCGAAAGCCAUUCAGGAUAUUGAUGAGGAUUUUGUUACUGAUGUUGACCAGAGCUAUUUAAAUUCGCUGCUUGAGAAGAUGUCCUUGUCCCUUUCAGAUCAAAAAGAAGCAGCGAAAGAGCUUCGGUUGCUAACAAAGAGGAUGCCUUCAUUUCGAGCCCUUUUCAGCGAGGCAACUGAGUCCAUUCCCCAGUUGCUAAAUCCACUUUCGCCUGGCAGAGCAAGUACUGAUCCUGAUCUUCAAGAAGAUUUGAUUACAACUGUACUAAAUCUCUCAAUUCAUGACGAUAAUAAGAGACUAGUUGCAGAGAAUCCAUUGGCCAUACCUCUGCUUAUUGAUUCCUUGAAAACUGGAACCAUUGAAACUAGAAGAAAUGCUGCUGCAGCACUAUUCACUUUAUCGGCCCUAGAUUCUAACAAGCUCAUUAUUGGGAAAUCAGGGGCUCUCAAACCUUUAAUUGAUCUUCUAGAGGAAGGGCAUCCAUUAGCCAUGAAGGAUGUUGCUUCUGCAAUAUUCAAUCUAUGCAUUCUCCUGGAGAAUAAGAGGAGGGCGGUCCAAGCAGGAGCAGUCAGAGUGAUUAUGGGAAAGAUCAUAAACUAUACACUUGUAGAUGAGUUGUUGGCUAUUCUUUCGAUGCUUUCGAGUCAUCAAACAGCCAUAGAGGAAAUGGGAGAACUAGGUGCAGUGCCUUGCUUGCUAAGCAUCAUAAGAGAGAGCACUUGUGAACGCAACAAAGAAAAUUGUGUUGCUAUUCUGUAUAAUAUCUGCUUUAACGAUCGCAGUAAAUUGAGGGAGAUCGGGGCAGACGAAAAUGCCAAUCAUACACUUUCUAGACUUGCGCUAGACGGGACUUCAAGGGCUAAGAGGAAAGCCAGUGCCAUCCUUGAGAGGUUGAAUAAAGCUGCUUUAGUUUCAAAUACAGCUUGAUGAUACAAACCCCCAAAUUCAGGAAGAAUCCCAAGUUCUCAUUGUGUAAAUACUCUUCCUUUUUCCCCCAAUAUACACAUUGAAUUGAGCUGAAUUCUGUAAAAAGUUUAACAUAUUUACACAGAGUUCCAAUGCUCAGGCAAGUUUUUGUCAAACUCAUGCUCAUUAGAUUUUGAAUCUUCUUUUGGUUUUUUAAAAGUCUUGAAAUGAGCUAAUCUUCCUACC